AUGUCUGCAAUGGAAAGAGAACUUUCAGUUAAACUUGGGUUGGAUGACAUUUACCUUGCUGUUCAUGAUGGAGAUAAUAAACGUUUUGACGAUAGUACACUAAGAAGUGGAGAAUUCACUAAACCAUUAUAA